AUGUUUGAUUCUCGGUUCCGGAACCGAAAUGACGGUUUCGGUUCUCGAGUUAGAACCAAACCGGAAAGAACCGCGACUUGUCCACUUGCCACUUCAGCCGCACCUGUUACAAAAAACAAAGCACCUGAAGCUGACACAAACACUGAAAAACCUUCUAUGGUUAGACAAGUUCGAGAAAAAAAACCAAAAAUGAAAACAUUUUCAAUUUAUCGUUGGAAUCCUGAAGAACCUAAUAAGAAACCAUAUUUACAAGAUUACAAUAUUGAUUUAAACGAUUGCGGGCCAAUGGUUCUGGACGCAAUUAUUAAAAUAAAGAACGAAAAUGAUCCAACACUGGCGUUUCGUCGUUCUUGUCGUGAAGGUAUAUGCGGAAGUUGUUCAAUGAAUAUUGAUGGACGAAACACAUUAGCGUGUAUAUGUAAAAUCGAUGAUUCAAGUAAACCAUCAAAAAUAUAUCCAUUGCCUCAUAUGUAUGUUAUUAAAGAUCUUGUGCCGGAUUUUUCAAAUUUUUAUAUGCAGUAUAAAAUGAUUGAACCAUAUUUGAAACGCAAAACACCAACAAAAAUUGGCGAUAAACAAUUAUUUCAGACCGAAGAAGAUCGUCGAAAAUUAGAUGGCGUAUAUGAAUGUAUUUUAUGUGCUUGUUGUUCAACAUCUUGUCCAAGUUAUUGGUGGAAUUCUGACAAAUAUCUUGGUCCUGCUAUUUUACUCCAAGCGUAUAAAUGGAUAGUUGAUUCACGCGAUGAAUAUACAGAAGAACGUUUAAGUCAAUUUCAUGAUACUUUUUCACUUUAUCGUUGUCAUACGAUUAUGAAUUGUACAAAAGUUUGUCCUAAGGGUUUAAAUCCAGCAAAAGCAAUUGGUGAACUCAAAAUGUUAAUGGGAGGAGUACGGUCAUUACCGGCAAAAAAUUCAUCAACAGUUGGUCCAACCUAUUAA